GUAAAAAUGGGUGAAACGUUUGGUGAAGACUCUGAUGCAUACAAGCUCGUGGUUACGGAAGAGAAACUGGUUGCUUAUCGGCUGACGAACGUGAUGAUCUUUCGCUUGCUCAUCUAUUUUUUCUGGCUCUCUCCGUUCCUCCUAUGGUUUCUAUCUUGGAUCAAAGCUUGAAGCUUGACUUCUGCGUUUUCUGGCCGUGCUAUUCUCCGUAUACCUUUCCUGAAAGAAUCUUAUAUCUACUGUUGUACCCAAUAUCGCGAUGAAAUUCGAAUGCUCUGGCCCUUGUAAGGGCGGCGAAUGUCAGUCAAAGGCGC